UGGGGGGAGCGAUGGCUGGGGUCAGGCCCGGCAGCAGGAAGUGACUCGCAGCCGCUGCGGUGACUCUGGCUCCCGGCGAGAUCCCCGAGCCCCGGCGGCUGGUGCUGGGAGCCCGGAGCCCGGGCUGCAGCCGGGAGAGGGGAAUCUCCAGCAGGGCCCUUCCCGCUGCUCCCCAGGAGCCUCUCCCAGGGCAGAGCCCCCAGCCCGGCCCGGCCCCUGCCCCAGGGGGCCCCGCUCGGAGGGAAGUGUUCAUCUCAGAGACUCUUGUGCCAGACAUGACAACAACCUGGGCAAACCUUAUGGAAUUAAAUGAAUCUGUAUUGAUUGAAGUGCUGAGGAAUCAUAUCCACGUUUCGCUCCAGGAGACAGGGAAGGGAAAUGGCUGUGAUGGAGCCAGCUCAGAUGCUGGUGACCUUCGAGGAGGUGGCUGUGUAUUUCACCCAGGGACAGGGGGCGCUGUUGGACCCCACUCAGAGAGCCCUCUACAGGGACGUCAUGCAGGAGAACUAUGAGAUGGUGACCUCGCUGGGAUUUCCCAUUCCCAAACCUGACCUGAUCACCCGGCUGGAACGAGGGGACGAGCUGUGGGUCCUGGAUCUCCCAAGAGGCAGACACACAGGUGAUGAGACCAUGAUGAGUGAGAACAAGGAGAAGAAUCCACAACAGGUAGAUCCCGAGCAAGUGGAACUGCAGGGGAACUUUUUGAGAAGAGCUGAAGGGAAUUUUUCCCAAUCCUUGGAACAGAGAAAAGCUUGGAGGAGUCAGCAGAGAUCAGAGAGGCAGCUGGGAAUCCACCCAAUGAAGAAAGAGGAUGAAUCCAUUGAAUAUGGGGUAGGAUGCAAGAAUCCCGAGGAAACCUCAGUCCAGCAGACAAAUCCCAAGAAAGAAAAACCCUAUAAAUGUCUCAACUGUGGGAAAAGCUUCAAUCAGAAAUCGAACCUUAUCGCUCAUCAGAGAAUCCACACAGGCGAAAAAAACCAUAAGUGCUUGGACUGUGGGAAAACUUUCAGUGACAGCUCACAGCUUAUUAAACAUGGGAGAAUCCACACAGGAGAGAGACCUUAUAAAUGUCUGGACUGCGGGAAAAGCUUCAGUCAGAGCUCACACCUCAAUACGCAUCAGAGAGUGCACACAGGAGAGAGACCCUAUAAGUGUCUCAACUGUGGGAACAGUUUCACGCAGAGAUCCAUCCUUAUCAGACAUCAGAGAAUCCACACUGGAGAUAAACCUCACAAAUGCCUCGACUGUGGGAAAAGUUUCGCUCACGGAUCAACCCUUAGUUCACAUGAGAAAAUCCACACAGGAGAGAAACCCCACAAGUGCUUGGACUGUGGGAAAAGCUUCAUUCAGCGAUCAGCCCUUACUACACACCAGAAAAUCCACACAGGAGAGAAACUCUAUAAAUGCUUAGACUGUGGGAAGAGUUUCACUCAGCGAUCAAAUCUGAUUUCACAUGAGAUGAUCCACAAAGGAGAAAAACCCCAUAAAUGCCUGGAGUGCGGGAAGAGCUUCUGUCACAGCUCAUACCUUCUUAGACAUCAGAGAAUCCAUACAGGAGAGAGAAAGAAACCCUAUAAGUGUCUCAACUGUGGGAAAAGUUUCAAUCAGAAAUCGAACCUUAUCACUCACCAGAGAAUCCACACAGGAGAGAGACCUUAUAAAUGCCUGGACUGUGGGAAAAGCUUCAGUCAGAGCUCACACCUUAUUACGCAUCAGAGAGUGCACACAGGAGAGAGACCCUAUAAGUGUCUCAACUGUGGGAACAGUUUCGCUCAGAGAUCCAUCCUUAUCAGACAUCAGAGAAUCCACACUGGAGAUAAACCUCACAAAUGCCUCGACUGUGGGAAAAGUUUUGCUCACAGAUCAACCCUUAGUUCACAUGAGAAAAUCCACACAGGAGAGAAACCCCACAAGUGCUUGGACUGUGGGAAAAGCUUCAUUCAGCGAUCAGCCCUUACUACACACCAGAAAAUCCACACAGGAGAGAAACUCUAUAAAUGCUUGGAUUGUGGGGAAAGUUUCACUCAGCGAUCAAACCUGAUUUCACAUGAGAUGAUCCACAAAGGAGAGAAACCCCAUAAAUGCUUGGAUUGUGGGAAAAGCUUCCGUGACAGUUCAGACCUUCUUAAACAUCAGAGAAUCCACACGGGAGAGAGAAUCUACAAAUGCCUCGACUGUGGGAAAAGUUUCACUCAAAGAUCAACCCUUACAAGACAUCAGAAAAUCCAUACUGGAGAGAAACCCCACAAAUGCCUCUACUGUGGGAAAAGCUUCAUUCGGAGAUCAGCCCUUACUACACACCAGAAAAUCCACACAGGAGAGAAACUCUAUAAAUGCUUGGACUGUGGAGAGAGUUUCACUCAGCGAUCAAACCUGAUUUUACAUCAGAUUCUCCACAAAAGAGAGAAACCCCAUAAAUGGUUGGAUUGUGGGAAAAGUUUCAUUCAGAGUUCAAACCUGAUUUCACGUGAUAUGAGCCACAAAAGAGAGAAACCCCAUAAAUGCUUGGAUUGUGGGAAAAGCUUCCGUGACAGCUCAGACCUUCUUAAACACCAGAGAAUCCACACAGGAGAGAGAAUCUACAAAUGCCUGGACUGUGGGAAAAGUUUCACUCAGAGAUCGACUCUUACUAGACAUCAGAAAAUCCAUACUGGAGAUAAAUCCCACAAAUGCCUCGACUGUGGGAAAAGUUUCACUCAGAGAUCAACCCAUAUUAGACAUCAGAAAAUCCAUACUGGAGAUAAACCUCACAAAUGCCUCAACUACAGGGAAAACUGUGGGAAAAGCUUCAAUCAGAAAUCGAACCUUAUCACUCAUCAGAGAAUCCACACAGGCGAAAAACCCCAUAAGUGCAUAGACUGUGGGAAAAGCUUCAGCCAGAAAUCGUCCCUUAUUAUACAUGGGAGAAAGCACACAGGAGAGAGGCCUUAUAAAUGCUUUGAGUGUGGGAAAUGUUUCAAUCAGGUCUCAAACCUGACUACGCAUCAGAGAAUUCAUACUGGAGAGAAACCUCAUAAAUGCAUGAAAUGUGGCAAAAGGUUUAGUCAGCGGUCAGCCCUGAUUACACAUCAGAGAAUCCAUACGGGAGAGAAACCCCAUAAGUGCUUGGAAUGUGGGAAAAGUUUUAGUCAGAGAUCAGCCCUGAUUACACAUCAGAGAAUCCAUAUGGCAGAUAAAAUGUACAAAUGUCUCAAAUGCGGGAAAAGUUUCAGUGUGAAAUCAGCCCUUAUUAUGCAUCACACAAUCCAUGCAGGGAAAAAACUUCAUAAAUGUUUGGACUGUGGGAAGAGUUUCAGUGACAGCUCAAACCUCACUAAACAUCGGAGAAUCCACACAGGAGAGAGACUGUAUCAGUGCCUCGACUGUGGGAAAAGCUUCAAUCGGAAAUCGAACCUUCUUACCCAUCGGAGAACCCACACAGGAGAGAAACCCCAUAAAUGCUGGGACUGUGGGAAAAGCUUCAGUCAGAGAUCAUCCCUUAUGAAACAUGUGAAAAUCCACACGGGAGAGCGGCCAUAUAAAUGUCUUGAGUGUGGGAAAUGUUUCAAUCAGAACAUAAACCUUAUUACGCAUCAGAGAACCCACACGGGAGAGAGACCCUACAAGUGCCUGUACUGUGAGAAAAGUUUUACUGUGAGGUCAGCCCUGAUUACACAUCAGAGAAUCCAUACAGGAGAGAAACCCCAUAAGUGCUUGGACUGCGGGAAAAGUUUUAGUCAGAGACCAGCCCUUAUUACUCAUCAGAGAAUGCAUACGGGAGAGAAACCCUUUAAAUGUCUCAAUUGCGGGAAAAGUUUCACUGUGAGAUCAACCCUUAUUACGCAUCAGGCAAUCCACACAGGAAAGAAAUCCCAUAAAUGUUUGGACUGUGGGAAGAGCUUCAGUCAGAGUUCAUCCCUUAUUAAACAUGGGAGAAUGCACACAGGAGAGAAACCCUACAUAUGUCUUGAGUGUGGGAAAAGCUUUAGUCAGAGAUCAUCUCUUAUUAUACAUGGCAGAAUGCACACAGGAGAGAAACCCUAUAAAUGUCUUGAGUGUGGGAAAUGUUUCAUUCAGAGGUCAAAUCUUGUUACACAUCAGAGAUCCCACUCGGGAGAGAGACCCCAUGAGUGCCUUGACUGUGGGAAAAGUUUCAAAGUGAGAUCAGCCCUUGUUACACAUCAGAGAAUCCAUACGGGAGAGAAACCCCAUAAAUGCUUGGACUGCGGGAAAUCUUUUAGUCGCAGAUCAGCCCUUAUUACACAUCAGAUAAUCCACACUGGAGAGAAGCCCCAUAAAUGCCUGGAAUGUGAGAAAAGUUUCAAUAACAGCUCGAACCUUACUAAACACCGGAGAAUUCACACAAGAGGGAGCGACUCUAGAAAUACCUCGACUGCAGGAAAAGAUUCAGUCCGAGCUCACACAUUAUUACCCAUCAGCGAUCCACAGAAGAGAGAGAACUUGAAUGUGGGGGAAUCUUCAGUUGGUGCUCCCACAGAAUCAAGCAUUGUCAACUCCACUCAACUUCAAGCGGAGCUAAUGCCAUGUUGGACAUCAGAGACGCCUCCACACAGCAGGGAAAUUCUCUCAGUGCCCUGACUGGGGCCGGCCAUGGUGAUAAACCCAUUUCCUCGUUCCCACACACAGCAGGGGCAUUUGGCUGCCAAGGUUCCAGCUGCCCAUCGCUGGGGUGAGGAUCCAGCAUCAGCCGAGCAUCUGCUGGUCAGAGACCCUCUGGCUCUGCCUGGUCUAAGCAAACCCCAGACAGAGGAGGAGAAGCCCCCAUCAGCCCCUCCUCCUGGCUGCAGCCCUGGCUGCUGAGCUGAUGGGCCAAAGGUGAGGAAAGGGCUAUCGAGUGUUUGGGGAUCCUGGGAUAAGAAGCGAGAGGGAGCACAGGGGUAGAGAGAUGCUGCCUCAUCACUCACCCCCUCUGCCCCCUCUGCAUUCAGCCAGCACCACUGAGAGGGGCUGAUUCCCACAGACUGCAGCGGGUUCUCAACCUAUUUACCAUUGUGGGCUGCAUAUGCGGCCCAUAAUGCAUUAUGUGGGCCGCAUCCAAUACUAUCUGUAUGGCCCUGAGGAUGUCAUAUGGGCUGGAGCUAUGUGCUGAUUGGGCGCAUACAGCCCACGGGCCGCAGGUUGAGAACCACUGCCACAGGGCUGUUCGUGGGAGGCCUGGAGAUCCCACCUCUGCCUCCGCAGCAUCAGCCACCGAGGGUCUGUCUGUGGUAGGAAACAUGGUCGGGAUCAGCCAGCUCGUCUCCUCUGACCCUCCCCCACUCAUCCUACCCUAGACUGAGCCUGAGCAUCUAAUUCAUUCUGAUCCUCACCAUUAGCAGAGUGACUGUUAGAGUCACUGAGUUCCCCCUCUGGGGACGCUGGGACAGUUUGCAUAGUGGGGGCGCUGAGAGCCACUGAACCAAACUGUAAAUCCUGGAUAAGAUGGAAAUCACUUCAAGCCAGAGGAUGCUGCAGCACCCCUUGGUCUGGCACCUGUGUCUGGGGGUAGAUUCUCUCAUUCCCAAAUAGUCUCACGUUACUCCGGGCCGUGCUGAAAAGCAUUUAGUGUUUGUACAUUUUCUCCCUUAUGGGCCAGAAUUAAACAGAAUCCCACAAAAGUGGGAGCAGGGACAGUGAAA